AUGGGCGACCUAGUUGUAAGUGCUACGUCCACGCUUAAAACCUCGCAGAGUACUGUGUCCAAAGAGUCUACUUUAGUAGCGUUCGCUGUGCGGCAAAUGCCGCGUAAGCGAGAGAAUCAUAAUACACCCUGCGAUGUGUUGCGAUUUAUGUGCGUAGACUAUCCCAAAACAGUUUCUCUAAAGAACACAUUUGUCGCCGUCAAGCGACCUCGUCCUUCUGCAGCAAUUAUCACAAGCACACUGUUCUGGCCAGAAGCGGGGCUAGACCGUUCAAAGGAAAUUGUUGAGCUAGAAACUCGUUUGCUACGAACAAUCAUUAUUCUCACUGUGUCCCAGCGCUGUAAUGAUUGGUUUAAUCUUAGACAGCUACUAAUAACAGGCACAGUUGGACAAACAUUAGCACUUAAAGAUGUGGAUGCGCGUAAGUUCAUAAGUUCUAGAGCCUUUGUGCCUGGGACUGCUGAGAACAAUGAUGACGAGGACUCCGACGAGCCUUUCACCGCACAAGUUCGCCGUUUAGAAGGUGUGUGUGUCCAGAAACUAUGCUCAAAUUGUAUACAUACAUCUACAGUUAAUGCAGGUCGACGCAUUGACGAAGAUGGAUUCAUGGACCAGUAUGCGUGUCUGGACAUACGCAGUGAUGAUGAAGAAGAAAAUAAUUAUCCUUCUUUAGCUAUUGACCAAGAAUUCGUAGAAAAAGACUCGUCGGUAGACAACUCCCAGCUGGUAUCUCAUACAACUAAGACUACUGAUGCAGAGCUUACUACAGUAGCAAUAUGGUUAGUGGACUCAUGGUAUGGCCGUCACUUCUCAACCGACGCUAUGAAAGAGGGAACGAACAACGAGCCAUUCAUCAUGGCUUUGCUUUCUAAAGAUAAGCUCGUGCAUGGAAUUUAUUAUAUUGGAUUGGUCUGCAUGAAACAAUACUCAUGGAUUUGGGCCAAGUGA